AUGUUUCGGAAAAACCCCUCUGGCCGCCCACAUUCUCACACUCACUCUGACGCUCAGUCGGCCUCUGAAGAGGCUGCUGGUGCUCGUGCCUCAUCGCCAUACACGUUGGACCCAGCGAGCCUCAGCGACUGGCUGCGGGCGCACGGGUGGCGCAUGAGCAACCCGCUCCCCGACCCCGCCUUCCGCGAGCAGGACGAGGAGGGGGGGGAGGAGGAGGGCGGGUGGGGCGCUCUCAUGAAGGAAGGAGCAGCAGCAGCAGCAGCUGGCGAUAGUGACAGUGAAGGUGCUGAGGGUGCUGGUGCUGGUGUGGCUGGUGCCGGCACUGGUGGUGCAAGUAGGGGUAACGCUGCUGCUGCUGCUGCUGCGGCUAGUGCGGGCAGGCCCAUUACCGACUCGCUAUCAGCCGACUCGAUACCAGCAGAGGCCAACGCGACUUUCCUGCGCCUGUUACAGCAGCAGGGCGACUACGCGUGCGCCCUGUGGGUGCGCAACGUGUGCUACGCCUUCAACCCCCUCUUCCACUCCGUCCCCGUCGCCAACCACGAGAUUGAAAAGAUCAUGCUGCGAGAACGAAUCACGGACCGCCACGUGGGCGUGUGGUUCUGGAAGGACCCCAGAUACGACCUGUCCCGGUUGAACCUCUCUGAGAACAUCUGCACGGGGAAAUCCGCUCUCCAGCCGCUGAGGAAGGAGCACUUCUCGAGUGCGGACGUGCGGGAUGUGCCGGAGCUGAGUGGGCGCGUGGGGCCGUUUGUGCAUGCCAGUGAUGCUGACCUCUUCUUCCUGCACGGCCGCCCGCCUGCUCACCCCGUCCCUGCCGCUGCUGCUGGCACCAGCAGCAGCAGCAGCAGCGGCGGCGGCGGCGGCAGCAGCAGCAGCAGCAGUGGUUACUCGGGUAGUGCGUUCACCACUAACAACGCCUCAUUCGCCAUCUCAGUCGAGCAACCGGAGGAGUGGCGGGGCGUGGGCGUGGUGUCGCUGCGAGACGGGCACCUGGGUCACUUCGUGGAGUUCAUUGGUGCCAUGACUGAACUCGCCUCACACCUGCCCACUGGCAAGAGGGACACGGACGUGCCAGGCACGCAAGUGGCAGCGGGAGGCAAGGAUUCUCCAGGCAGGGAGGUGGCAUCUGGGGGAGGGACGGCUGCUGAUGCUGCUGCUGCUGCUGGUGGUGACAGUGCUGGUAGUGCUGGUGCUGGUGCUGGCGCUGGUGAUGCUGAUGGUGUCAGUGGUGGUGCGGCUGCUGCUGCUGGUGGGGAUGGUGGAAAGGAGGGGGGCAGGGUUGACGUGCAGCCGGUGCUCUUCUUUCCAAGUGGUGCGGGAAUAUCAAGGUGGGUAGCGGCAGCUGGCGCGGUUGCCAUGCGUGGCCCUCAAGCCAUGCGGGAUUACCAAGGCAUGAGAGUCCCCCAAGCCAUGCGGGAGCAUCAAGGCACGAAAGACCACGCGGGCAUGCGAGGGCUCAAGGGCACGAGACAGCAGAUCAAGAAGGGUGAAGUAGACACAGCAGGGGAAUCCGGGGCGGCACUGGCGGCAGGGGGAGAAGCAGUGACAUCAGCAGGAGGAACACCAGUGGCAGCAGAGUCAACACCAGCAGUGGAGGCAGGGCGAGUGUGGACGCACACGACGUGCUUCCAGGACGCCUUCUUCCCGCUCUCCAUCGCCCACGCGCCCUCCUCUGCUGACCUCUUCCGCCUCUGGGUGGCCCAGGGCGCCGGGCUUGGCAAGACCCUUAAAGCCCAGCAGGCCGAUCCGCGGGUUUGGACGGAUGAGAUUGAACGGGUGGGGGGGAGUGGCGGGGGGAGAGGGGAGCGUGGGGUAGGGGGUGAGAGAGGGGGGAGAGGACGGGGAGGGGGGUUGAGGAGGGGUAGUGUGAAGGAUGGAGGGCGGAAGGGGGUGGAGAAGGGGGUGGAAAAGGGGGAUGUGGGUGAGAAGAAUGGAGAGAGAAAGGGGGGAGGGAAAGGAGGGAGAGGCAGUGGGGAAGGUGAGAAGAAAAUUGAUAAGAAAGGGAGGAGCAGUGGGGAGGAUAAGAAAGAUGAGGAAAAAGGGAAGAAGAAUGGGGGAAGUGAGAAGAAAGUUGAGAAGGGAGGGAGGAGCAGUGAGGGAAGUGAGAAGAAUGCAAAUGCAAGUGUGAGUGGUGGGGAGAGGAGAAAAGGAACAGAUAAACACAGUGAAAGGGAUAAGGGAGGCGGAAAUGGUGGGAAUGGGGGGAAUGGGGGGAAAAGGAGGAAUGAGAGAGAGGAUGGUAAGGAGGAGAAAGCAGGAGAGAAAGGGGGGGAUUGGAAAAUAAGUCGUCCUGGCAAGGGAGGGGAGAAAAAGGGGGUAAUUUCACAUGUUUCAGGUGCUUCAGUUGUUUCAACUGCUUCAGGUGUCAGAAGAGCCGCGACGGGCAGAGGAAGCAUGAAGUCCCACUCAAGCAGACACCUGCUGCAGCUGCAGUUGAGGAAGGGAGACCUCCCCGUGAGACACCUUAAAGCCGAGGGAACAACAAAUGUGAGCAGCAGAGAGCGGCAGCAACAGCAGCGGCGGCAGCUGGGGCAUGGAGAGAGUGGGAGGCGGGCUGCAGGGAGGAGGGUGGCAUGGCAGAUAACAGUGGUGGAGCGCAAGGGCAUGCGCACCAUCAGCAACUUCCGCCCCAUGGUUGGGCUACUCAGGGCCGUCUUUCCCCACCUGCCUGUCAAGGUCGUCUCGCUGGAGGCCAUGCCGUUCGCCGCCCAGGUGCGGGCGAUGCAUCGGACGGCGUUGCUUGUCUCGAUGCACGGGGCGUCCAUGGCCAACGUGGUGCUGCUGCAGAAAGGGGCGGCGGCACUUGAGAUCAUGCCAUAUAUGUGGCACUAUGGCGCGUACAAGCGGUGGGUGGUGGUGGGGGGGGAUGGAGUGGGGGGGUAUCGUGGGGUCAUCGCACUGCGGUGGGGAGUGCACUACUUCAUGUGGCGCAACGAGCAUCGCAACCUCUCCACCUACACCGACAACUGCCUCGACGCCAACGGCUUCAGCCAAUGGCAGCCCGCCAAGUGUCACACGGUCACGGCCUGCAGGGCGUGCAUUCGAGAUCAGGUGGUAACAGAGGUGCACCUGGGGGAGCUAAGAUCUGCUCUGCUGGCUGCCAAGGAGGUGGUUGACCAAUGGGAGCUUAGAAGGGGAAGAUCCUUUGUAGAGCUAUCUGAUGACUUGACUGCAGAUGGGUAG